CUUUAGGCCAGAGCUGGAGAAGGGUUUGAAGUUUGAAAGUUGAGGCAGGUUGAAGAGUUGUAGUUAUGGACGGCGGUGAUCCUGGCAGGCUUGUGGGAUGGGAGAUUCAUGGGUUUCGUACAAUGGAAGAUUUGGAUGUUGGAACUACAAUGAAGGAGGCCACAACACGGUGGCUGCGGCCAAAUGAAAUUCAUGCAAUACUCUGUAAUCACAGUCGUUUCAACAUUGGUGUCAAGCCAGUGAACUUACCUCCAAGUGGCACAAUUGUUUUGUUUGACCGUAAAAAGCUGAGGAACUUCCGGAAAGAUGGUCAUAACUGGAAGAAGAAAAAGGAUGGGAAGACUGUUAAAGAAGCUCAUGAACACUUAAAAGUUGGUGAUGAAGAAAGGAUCCAUGUUUACUACGCACAUGGCCAGGAUAACCCCAAUUUUGUUCGUAGGUGUUAUUGGCUGCUUGACAAGAAACAGGAACACAUAGUCCUUGUGCAUUAUCGUGAAACAUUAGAGUUGCAGGGUUCUCCUUCUACACCUGUUAAUUCAAAUUCUAGCUCAGGCAACUCUGACCCAUAUGCUUCUAGGGUUUUAUCGGAAGAAAUUGAUUCUGGGAUAGAUCCUGCAUUUUAUGUUGAUUCUGUCUCUUCUCUUGUUGGUGAACCGGUAGAGCUUGGUGAUAGUAUGACUGUUAGAAAUCAUGAGAUGAGACUUCAUGAGAUAAACACUCUUGACUGGGAAGAUCUCCUCGCAGCACAAGAUCCCAAUGAUCCUGCAGGCCCCAAGAGAGAUGAAGUUUCACAUUUUGAGCAACAGAACCUAUAUGAAAUGAGCAACUCCAAAAGCAAUGGUACUCUUCUCCCAACAAACAAUUUACCUGCAGCUGGAAGUGUUUCUGUUGAUGUGAAACUUCCAACUAGUGAUUACUUUCAGACAAUGGGAAUGAGUGACCACAGAAAGGAUUCUGAAGAGCCUACAAGGGGAAAAGAUGAAUCCUUGUGUGUUUCCAUUGAAGAUUUGCAAACUCAGGACAGCUUUGGCAGGUGGAUGAACUACAUUAUGACUGAUUCCUCGGGAUCGGUAGAUGAUCCACCGCUUGAAUCCCCAAUUUCCAGUGGUCAUGAAUCAAGCUUAUCUGCCGUGAUGGAUUGUAAUCAUCCUUCUAUUGAAGAGCAAAUUUUCAGUAUAACUGAAGUUUCACCUGCAUGGGCUUAUUCAACAGAAGAAACGAAGGUCGAUGUGAUUGGAUGUUUUAACAGAGAGGCUUCACAUCUUGCACAGACCGGAUUACUUUGUGUGUUUGGUGAUGUAUGUGUUCCUGCAGAAAUGGUUCAGUUUGGGGUGUUCCGUUGUGUGGCAUUACCACAUAACCCUGGCCCAGUUAAUCUCUAUUUGAGUCUUGAUGGUUGUACUCCCAUUAGCCAAGUACUAAGUUUUGAGUAUCGCUCCCCCAUGAAUGGCCGAGUGGCUCAACCAAAAGAUGAGCGGGAAGAGUUUCAACAACAGUUAAGACUGGCGCAUUUGCUCUUCUCUACGACUAGUAGUCUAAAUCUUCUAUCUAGUAAGGUAUCAGUAAAUUCCCUGAGGGAGGCAAAAAGGUUUGCACAUAUGAUCUCUAACAUCGACAAAGGUUGGGCACAUUUAAUCAAGUCAGUUGGCAAUGGGAUCUCGUUACCUCUAGCCAAAAACAGUUUGCUGGAGCUCUCUUUGAAGAACAAGUUUCUAGAGUGGCUUUUAGAAAGAGUAGUUGAAGGGUGUAAAACCCCUGCUCGGGACCAUCAAGGUCAAGGAGUAAUUCAUUUGUGUGCUAUCCUAGGUUAUACCUGGGCUGUUAAACCAUAUUCAUAUUCAGGCCUCUCAUUAGAUUUUCGGGAUGCAUCUGGAUGGACAGCACUUCAUUGGGCUGCAUACUAUGGGAGGAAGGAAAUGGUUGCAAUUCUUCUAUCCGCAGGGGCAAAGCCAAACUUAGUCUCCGACCCCACUCCAGAAUUUCCUGGUGGACGUACUGCUGCUGAUCUUGCAUAUAAGAAUGGAUAUGAUGGCUUAGCUGCUUAUCUUGCAGAAAAGGGGUUAAUAGCGCAAUUGAAUGCUAUGCGCAUAUCAGUAAACUUAAGUGGCUCCCUGGAAACUAGCUACACAAACCUGGUUAACCCCAUAAACCUCAGUGAGGAUGAGUUGUGCCUGAAGGAUACCUUGGCAGCGUAUCGGACAGCUGCUGAUGCAGCAGCCCGUAUACAAUCUGCAUUCAGGGAAAAUUCUCUAAAGCUACAGACAAAGGCAGUUCAGCUGUCCAAUCCAGAGAACGAGGCUCGUACUAUAGUUGCAGCUUUGAGGAUUCAGCAUGCCUUCCGGCACUAUGAGAUGCGAAAGAGAAUGGCAGCUGUUGCACGAAUCCAACAUGGUUUCCGUACUUGGAAGAUCCGGAAAGAGUUUCUCAAUAUGCGUCGGCAGGCUAUUAAAAUUCAAGCUGUCUUCCGAGGUUUCCAAGUAAGGAAGCAAUACCACAAAAUUAUAUGGUCAGUUGGAAUAUUUGAGAAAGCAAUUUUACGUUGGCGUAAAAAGAGAAGAGGUUUCCGUGGGCUUCAGGUCCAAGUUGCUGAAGCUCCCGGAGUAAAUCAGAGCCAAGAGAGUGAUGUGGAGGACUUUGUUCGGAUUGGCAGGAAACAAGUAGAAGAGCGUAUGCAAAGAUCUGUUGUACGGGUUCAAGCUUUGUUCCGAUCAAAGCAAGCACAGAUGGAGUAUCGAAAGAUGAAACUGGCCCACAGUCAAGCAGCGUUGGAAUACGAAGGACAUCUUGAUCCUGAAGUCAGAUGAGAGGUGAAGGUCUUGUGGGUCCA